CCUCCACUACAACGCCCUUAAUCACCACCCCCAGCCGCUAUACGCGAUGAGUAAGAGUCGUCGGCGUGGACGCGGGCGUGGUCGUCGUUCUCUAGCCGCGUCCAGAAAUUCGGGCAUUGACAACGUUGUAGCCCAAGAGAAAGCUGCGGCAGACCGGGAGUUCGCAUUGAUGGACCACGUAUAUGCGUUCACAGUUGAUGGACUUCGGACAAGCGACAAGGCCAUCAGCAAUGCAGGCAACCUUGGAAUACGGAACGUACUGUUCAAGACUGGGGAUGAUGUUAUACUGAAUUCUCCAUAUGACGGUACCCACGACAUUUGGAUUGGGCAUAUUAGUCAAAUUCGUGCUAACCAGGACAGAACCGAAGCGAUAGCAAAAGUUCGCUGGUACUGGUCCCGUAACGACGUAGCGGCAUAUAUCAAGUCAUUCAAGCCGGAAAACUAUUCUCCGUACGAACGUAUCCUAUCGGACGACUAUGAUUACGUCGCUCCUUAUGCCUUCCAAGGACGACUCUCAUGUAUCGUAAGAAGCAAGUCAAGGUCGAGCCCCCAUUUAGACAAGGACCCGAUGCAUUUCUGCCCAAGGCUUGACUGUCGCACGUGGUAUCACUCAUCGUGCCUCCCCCAUUUGAACGCUGUCGACGUGGUCGCGCCUCCGUCCACCCGCGGGAUCCGACUCCUCGCCGUCGAUCCCGACAGCGAAGCCCCCUUCGUAUUGUUCGGUCAUUUCUGCGAGCCCGAGUCUCGCGACCUUGUUCCCGAGUCGACGGAGCAGAUGACAGUACACGAAGUCCUCGAGCUCUGGGGCCGCCAUCGCUCGAUACUCUCUCACUUACCCCCAAGCCUCCUCACUAUCGCGCAGUCACCCAUUGUCCGCUGCUCCGGCGCCUCAAAUGGCUGGGCGAUCGGCAACGUCGCAGACGUCGUCCUCGCGCGCCGCUUUGUCUACGCUGCGAUCGAGCACGACGGCGCCCCCGAAGCCUCGGAGAAGUGGUACGAGCUUCUCAAGCGCGAGCGUGCGCGCCAGGAAGACCUGUUCUGGCUCACGCAGGGGAGGACUAUCGACGUUGACAUAGCUAUGAACUGCGAACGCGACCACGAGAUUCACCAGCCUGGAGGGCACGAGCUAUGGGGCGGCCUUUGGGAUGGCUUGCAGACGGGAACGGCGGGAGAGGGGAUAUCGACUCAGCCUGAUGAAGUCACUGCGUUGGAAGGCUUAUGUGAAGAUUUGGCCCAGUUCGAUCUGCUCGCGAGUGUAUACGUGCCGUAUUGGGAGAGGAGGGCGAGGGAGUUCGAGGCUGCUGCGGAGUUGUUAAGUGGUCCCGCUUUCGUCUGUCCGCAGUGCCGCUCUGCUAUAUAGUCGAUAUCUCUUUCAGUGCUCUGUGAUUCGCUUUCGUUCGUUCCACCAUUGCUAGCGCUGUACAUCUUACCGCCCCUUGCAUUUUGUCCUUGCUCUCGCAGUGCUAUGUUACGUUCGCUCCUCAUGUUCGACGGGACGAUUGAUCAUUCUGAUCUAAAGC